AUGGCCAACGACGCCGAAUCAGCGCCAACAGAUGUAGCCUCGGCCGUUGUCUUGCCCGACGCGACUCCCUCGUCGCCUCAUCGCUCAAAUGCUCGAUCGCCAACUCCGCCAGAAGCACGCGCUGGAACUAAGCGUCGCCAGUCAUCUGCAUCCCAUGAUUCCCCCAAGCGACAGCGCUUUUCGCCUUCUCCAGAGCGAUUGAGGAAGGACGAUCAUGCACCUUCCGCUCGCGAAAGACGCCCAGUGAAGCCCAUUGAUGAAAAGAAGCGCACUCAACGACUAUUUGGAGGGUUAUUAGGAGGCUUAAGCCAGACAAGACCUGCCAACCCGGCAGCAGCCAAAAGACGAGCUGAGCAAGAGGAGCGCCGCCGUCAGAAAGAGCAAGAGCUGAGCGAGCGACAAACCGAACGAAUCGAACUUCUCAAUGUCGCGAGGAAGAAAGAGCAACGUAGGGUCGAUGAAGCGAGCAUGCGCAUCAAGCACGAGAAUAUGAAGGCCAUGACAAACUUCUUGACCACCUCGACCGAGCCGAAGCUGUACUUCAGGCCUUGGGAGUUGCUUCCGGAACAAGAGGAUGAGAUCAAUCGUCAACGUGAGGACGUUGAUGUCCAAAUAGAUCAAGAGCUUGACGAUUUCGACCAAGUCCGCCAAAGCUGGCAGAAUGAGGACGUUGACGGACAAGCGGGCCAAGACGUUGCUGCCUCUAAACUUCAUGCGCAAGACACAUCAAAUGGCACAAACCAUGCUCCUGAGCGAUUGUCUGAGCCUGCACCGGCACACGAACAGACACCGUCCGUUGAAUCGAAACCAGAAUCUACGGCUGAAGCUGCACUUGUCAAGGCCGAGGAAACAGAAUCACCGGACCAAGCGGCCGAAGACGGCGAUCGACAUCGAAAAGACAGCAUAGACGACACGGGCGAUAUUGUAGUCGAGGCUGACGAGGACACUGUCAUCUACUAA